CCUUCAAUGACUUGCAAGACUAGGCUUCCAGGACCCUGCAUUCACUAUAUCUGGUCUCCCCGGACCCUGCAUUCACUAUAUCUGGUCUCCUUGGACCCUGCAUUCGCUAUAUCUGGUUUCCCCGCACCCUGCCUUCACUGUGUCUGCUCUCCCCGCACCCUGCCUUCACUGUGUCUGCUCCCCGCACCCUGCCUUCACUGUGUCUGCUCUCCCCGCACGCUGCCAUUCACUGUGUCUGCUCUCCCCGCACGCUGCCUUCACUGUGUCUGCUCUCCCCGCACGCUGCCUUCACUGUGUCUGCUCUCCCCGCACGCUGCCUUCACUGUGUCUGCUCUCCCCGCACCCUGCCUUCACUGUGUCUGCUCU